GACUACUCUGAAGGGUUCAAAAUGAAACUGUGGAAUGUGAUGUCAUGUAUGUUAGUUAAACUGUACCUGGUUCUUCAGCGUUCCAGCACAGCUGAACAGGAGAUGUCUCAACGUGAUGUCCAUGACAAUCCCAGGCACUGUGAGAAUCUGCACCUGGAACGGGGCGCUAGACAGUUUUUCCACCCCAACAAUGCUACCUGUUGUGAAGGUCACUUAACUUUUGGGUUGAACCAGAAUGCGUCGCAGUGCUGUGGGGACCAAGCCUACAACCCUCUCAACGAACAUUGUUGCAAUGGCACGGUGCACAUCAAGCCUAAGGCUCGAGUCGACUGCUGUGGUUCAGAGCUCUGGGACACACACACCCAGCUGUGCUGCGGUAAAGAGGGGAAACUGCUGAACAGAAAGAAUGAACACAGCAAAUGCUGCGGAGUCAUUCGAUUUGACAUACGGAACGAGACUUGCAACCACACCUUGGAUGUGGUGCCCUGGCCUUGCGGCACAGAGUCCUGGGACGCAGAGAAACAGUUGUGCUGCGGCCCUGAAAAAAAGAUACUGAACAAAACGAAUGAUCAGAAUCUAUGCUGCAGCUAUGAUCAAUACGACCCCAAAAAAGAGUGUUGCACUGACAACUUGAAGGUGGUGUCCCUACAUGACUGUAAACCAAAAAUCCAGUCCACUGCAGUUAAUGAUGUAUCCAGAAAUACAAAGCUGACUCAGGCUAACCAGGGAGAUCACGUCUGUGAAGAGGACAACAACUAUCCUCAAUCUGAGACCUGCUGCAACGGACACAAGCACAAGGCUAUUAGGACCACAUGCUGUGGAACUAAGGUCUACAACUACUCAGACCUACAACUAAAGUGCUGCCACGGCAUUCUAUAUAACCUCACCCUCUUGGGCUGGAACCCACUGAAGGCCCAAUGCUGUGGGAGCCUUCUGCUGAAGGAACGAUCUAACUCCACCCAGGAAUGCUGCAUCUCCUCCCAAGGCAGGUCCCUUGCUUACAAAGCCCAGCCAGGACUUUCCUGCUGCGGACACCACUACUACAACACCUCCCUGUGGUUAUGCUUUUCGGAGUCCCUGUUCCCAUUGAGCGUGUGGUCAAGACAGACAUCCGGCGUGAAAACUGGAGCAAAUAACCAUACAGGGUCAAAACUGACUGGGAUACAACUUGUAAGGCUAGUGGACUUCCCCUGUCUGGAGCUUUGUGGAAAAGUGUUCCUAGGGAUUGUGAAGUCAGCAAAGGACAACAAUCGCUGUGUAGAAAUGGUGAACAUGCUUCAAAUAUACUGGAUGGGAAAGGCUCGAGUCAUGACUACCUCUCCACCAGUUCACUUCUGCCUCUCUGACUCCUCUCGUCUGUUGAUUGGGAAGAUGUACAUGUGGAGUCAAAAUAAGACCUUCUCUGAGCUCAAUGAUCUCUCCUCUAUCCACUUCAUCUUCUCCAGGUGCAAUGACAAGCACUGAACUUCAGUCAGCUUCACAAAGUAAUGAUUCACAUUUAGGCCUAUCCAAUGCUUUCAUCCCAACAAUAUGUUAUGGUAUUUUGUUUGUAUUAAAAUAUAGUACUUACUCUUGACAUGUCUAUCUAUCUAGAUAUUCCAUUAAUAUAUGCAGUAUAUGCUAAUGAUAUCAGAAAAUUAUAUGUAUUUAUAUCAUGUUACAGGUUAUUUUUCUAAUUGUGUGAAAGGUUGAGUGUACCAUUAAACUCAACCAAGUCAGAAUCAGAAUGAGCUUUAUUGAGUGUGCUUUGCCUUCGGCAAGGGCACAACCUUUGUUCUCUCAGUAACUGUCAUGGAAAUUUUGGAAUACAGUUAUAAUAUGUGUGUUUUAUAUGAGGAAGGUGUUUUAAGGGAAGUCUAAGAAGCUUAAUACAGUGACAGUCGAUUCAACCCAUUUGGUAGAGAUGCCAUUUGCAGUUUUAUAACUAGGAGACGUGAAGUCUAAGAGACGGGAAGUCUGGGUGACCUGAGAGGGUUCUUGUCACCUGGGGAGGAAGAGACAGCUGGUCUAGAGACAAUGUGGAUUCAACUGUAUUGUUAUUGUGAUCUGCUGCUCUGACCCUUCCUGUUGCAAUGGGUGGGGUUAAUCAAAUACUUGUUUGAAGUGCCCACACAAAGGAAAGUUGACCAUUUGACUGGUUUGGGGAGAGAGGCCACAAUAAAGAACCGUGGGAACUUGAUAUGAAGUCACUGUCACUGAGCAGUGCUGACCAAUCACAGAGUUCAGAAAAACCAUUUGAUCUAAAGUUUAUAUAAGGCAGGGUUUUGGGGUUGUUCUGGAUCACUCUGGCGAACGACCUGUGGCUAGCACCUCCUUUGUUAUGACUGAUCACAAAGUACUUUGUUAAAUCUUGAUUUGUACAAGCAAAAUAAAUGUAUUGUAACCGCCAUCUCUUGACUAUUCAAAUCUACACAGUGCCGUUAGAAUUUUUCCAUAUCAGUAACGUCAGUGAAUGUGGCUAGCAAAUUAGCCACCGUUAGCUUCACUUUUCGCCACAGAAACUUGAGCCUAAACCAUGCAACGGAACGUAAAUCCCAAUAGAAGCAACUCAAUCGCUACCAAGACGAAACUUUUGACACCUAGGUUGUCUAUGUAUGCCAAAUAUUGACUAAGUUUUAGGGGGGCAAAAAGAAUAAUAAUAAUAAUAAUAAUAAUAUAUAUGUGAGAGAACAAAGGUUGUGCCCGUGCCGAAGGCAAAGCACACCCAAUUACAUUGCUCAACAUCCAGUACUGUGAAAGUUGUCAAAGCUGUGCUUUUAUUAUAUAGCCUAUAUAUCGUAAGAUGUACCUAUGUGUGAGUAUAUACAAUAUAACCCAGAAAGGGUGUUUUAUUUUGCCACAAGACAAUAAAGCCUUGUUUAAUGGA